ACAAGUAAAAGCACAAACCAACCCAACCCACCCCACCUAGGACGUAGCUGGUUCUCCUUCCAAAUCCAAUACCCUUCUCAAACUAAACUACAAACCCUAAUCGCUCAAUCUCAAUUCCAAAACUAAACCCUUCCUUCCUUCAAAUCUCUCUGAUUCUAAUUUUCUGUUUCACCUUAACAAACACACAACUACCUUAUUCUUCAACAAAUGUCUCAUACACAUACCUCACAAACCCUUAUCCCUGUUGAUUCAGACGAAACACCCCCGACCCAAAUACCCACUUCCCCCAACCCGCCUUCAAAUUCGGAUCCCAACCCGACCCUACUCCAUCUCUCCUUCAACCAGGACUCCGGCUGCUUCGCCGCCGGCACUGAUGGCGGCUUCCGCAUCUACAACUGCGAUCCCUUUCGCGAGAUUUUCCGGCGGGAUUUCGGUCCCGGCGGCGGAGUCGGAUUGGUCCACAUGCUCUUCCGGUGCAAUAUACUGGCCUUCGUUGGCGGCGGAUCCGACCCGAGGUACCCGGUUAACAAGGUCAUGAUUUGGGACGACCACCAGUCACGGUGUAUCGGAGAGCUGUCGUUUCGAUCGGAGGUGAAAGGGGUUCGUCUCCGAAGGGACCGAAUCGUGGUUGUUCUGGCGCACAAGAUAUUCGUGUACAAUUUCGCGGAUCUUAAGGUCUUGCACCAAAUCGAGACGAUCGCGAACCCUAAGGGGCUCUGUGAUGUGUCUCAUGUUUCGGGGAAUAUGGUUUUGGUGUGUCCUGGGUUGCAGAAGGGUCAGGUUAGGGUUGAGCAUUACGCGUCCAAGAGGACCAAGUUCAUUACGGCACACGAUUCCAGAAUCGCAUGCUUCGCGCUCUCCCAGGAUGGUCGUUUGCUUGCCACCGCAAGCAGCAAGGGAACCCUAAUUAGGGUUUUCAAUACCUUGGAUGGUUCGUUGCUCCAAGAGGUACGGAGAGGUGCAGACCGAGCAGAAAUAUACAGCCUUGCCUUCUCUCAUCCUGCACAGUGGCUAGCUGUCUCAAGUGACAAGGGAACCGUUCAUGUCUUCAACCUCAAGGUUGAUUCAGGACUGUUGGGGCAUGAAAGAUCACAUAGUACAUCUGAUUCUAAUCCUGCUAGCCCUACAGCGGUUUCAUCUCUUUCAUUUAUUAAAGGUGUGUUGCCUAAGUAUUUUAGCUCAGAGUGGUCCGUGGCUCAAUUUCGAUUGAAUGAAGGUUUGCAAUAUGUUGUUGCCUUUGGCCAUCAAAAGAAUACAAUCGUAAUACUUGGCAUGGAUGGCAGCUUCUAUCGAUGUCAGUUUGAUUCUGCAACCGGCGGAGAGAUGACCCAACUUGAAUAUUACAAUUUCCUAAAGCCAGAAGAGACAUUCUAGUAUGGAUGCGUCAUCAUGUAAAUAUCUUCAGUGUACUUGCUGUGAAUACUUUCUGAAUUUUCCAGUUACCCCCUUAUUUAUAACGUUUAAGUUGUAAAUACGAGUAUAUGCUAAAGCCACUAAUGUUAUCCAAUCCACUCUGUUGGCGUGUAUAUAUAUUGCUCUUUUAUCAUGAAUUAAU